CCUCAUUUUCUUCAUGCCUCGUAUUUAAACGCGUAGUUCACUAGUGACGUUUUGAAUAACCCGCAAUCUUCACAUACCGAGACAUCAAACAGCAUCGUUUCGCUUCUUACGACGACGCAGCUCUGACCUUCCUGUGAGCUUGGGAAGCUACACAACCGUGUUUGUGCAGAAGGAACCAGUGAUAUAAGAACAAGCAAAACUCCCGAGUAUCUAUCAUGGCGUUAGACAUAAUUCCUACGCUUCCCUCUGCUGAGGAGACGCUCAAGCACCCAGCCUACUUAACCACUCUGUGGGCUCUGGAGCCUACCUCUCAAGGCAAGCUGUCUGUGGCCGAAGGUCGCGGUGGUCCGGUUGGUAUUGCAUGGGAAAUUCACGGUGAAGGACCCGUCAAGCUUGUGCUUGUUAUGGGCUUAGCAAGUGUCAAGACUUCAUGGCAGCGUCAAACACUACACUUCGGCCAUGAGCACGGUGACAAGUACUCAGUUCUAAUCAUCGACAACCGUGGAAUGGGUGCCAGCGACAAGCCUUUGGGUAUCUAUUCCACGAGCGGCAUGGCGCUCGAUAUCAUCGAGGUUAUCGACCAUGUUGGCUGGACAGGUGAACGCGAGAUCAACCUCGUAGGUAUCUCCAUGGGCGGCAUGAUAACCCAAGAGAUUGCUAUUCGCAUCCCUGAGCGUCUACAAACCCUGACCCUAAUCUGUACAUCGGCACGCGUUCAAAAUACAACGGGCUUCAUGGAGACACUCACUGAUCGCUUGAGCUGGCUGAUUCCUAAAUCCAUGGAGCGCGCCAUCGUUGACACAGCUCUCAAGCUCUUCACACCCGAGUGGCUCGUCGCACCAGAUGACGAGAUACUACCCGAGCCCGGCGUCACUCCGAAAUGCGGACCACCACCGCCAGAGGCUGGUCCAACAUAUCGCCUGUUCGACUCCAACUUUCAGCGUUUCCAAGCUCAAGAACUCACCAAGAAGCGUAACCCUGAAGUCUUCAGCAGCACUAUGCUCAUGUGUCAACUUGCAGCGGCGGCCAUGCAUAACAAGUCAGACGAGCAGCUGCGUCAGAUAGCAGAGGCUGUUGGAUCUGAACGUAUUACUGUCAUGCAUGGAAAACGCGACAACAUGAUCACCUUCCCCAAUGGUGAGAGACUUAUCAAUGUGUUGAAGCCAGGUACUGUCCACAUUGUGGAUGAUAUGGGACAUGCUCCCAUUCUGGAGCGAGCAGAGUGGUUUAACAGUGUAUUAGAGGAAGAGUUGAACAUGUGGACCAAGCCGAAGGAAGAAUGAGAGUAGGCGGCAUUUCGAAUAUAUGAGCGGUCUUAAAUUCCGGGCGGUUUGUGGCAGAGUAAGCAAGGUGUGUGAGGAACUAUAAUUGGCAGAUGGCACGAAUGAAGGAGCUGGUUUGCAUGUCUUUAAUCCGAAUACCUCCUUAGCAGACGCGU